GUGCGGACCCUUCAAUUAAACGAAGAUUUAGCCUUAAAAGAAAUCCGCAACCACAAGAAAGAAGAGAUGUGUUAAAAAAAAGAACAAAAAAUCUAGCCUGGGAUAUUUUACCACCUCUUGGCACCUAUUACGAUGAUUACGAAGAUCAAGUCUCUCGCCUUUGCGGUAUUUCCGCGGCCAUGGGUGAUAGUUGUGGAUAUUUUGAAUCUUUAGCUUUCUUUGGAGCUUAUCAUAAUACGGAAGACGAUACAGAUACAUUUGGUUAUUACUGUCCUACUGUUUGCGAUCCUUCUUUUGGUAUCAUUGUCAAAUUCAAUGAAAGUGCAGUCGUUGAGUGUGAAUCCACUUACGUUGCGAUUUAUGAGGCCAGCUAA